GGUUCAAAAUCGGGGUCUGACGGAGAAAUUGGGCAUCCAAUUGGCGGGGUGCUGCGCUCCACAGGCACCCUAGCGAUUCCCCACAGACCGAUCUGCUCCCCCCCUGGUUGCCGCUGUCCACCCGACGCCUUCCUAGCGACUUUCCAAGGUACCUUACCUACCUGUCCUUCCCUGCCGAUGGGAUCCCGUCAUUCCACAUUUGUCGUUCGCGCUCGCCCUCCGUCCCCUCUCGUCCCAAUGCCCGCACGACCCUCGCAUAGAUAACUGAUGAGGCGGCCCUCUUGACACUGGGCUGCCCGCUGGCGAGCACGCGUGUUCAAAAUGCCUUCGCCACGCGCAUCUUGCCGAGCGCUCGCCUUGCACGCAACAAGCCGCUUCAGCGCCGCAGCUGUUUCCGGAGCGUCGUCGGGACGGCCCUCACUGGUGGCACACUACGUACGGCAGCAGAUACCGCAGCUGCGGCUUGCAUCGACGAGAAAUGCGCGACCAAAAACAGCCAUUUUCUUCCCAGGUUCGCAUUCCUAGUCCCUUGACAGCCCAUCCCCCGCGGAUACCUCUGUCGGUUGAGACCUUCUGGCUAAUCUCGAGGCCCCUCGCAACAGGACAAGGCGUGCAGAAAGUCGGCAUGCUCACUCCCUGGCUCGAAGCCUUCCCCGCCACAGCCACCGCUAUCUUCCAGGAAAUUGAUGAGAUUGUCGGGCACAACCUCUCGGAUGUUAUCCAGGGCGGUCCCGGCAAGGUGCUCAACCUGACGCCCAACGCCCAGCCCGCCAUCAUGGCCACGUCUAUCAUGAUCCUUCGGAUCCUCGAGAAAGAGUUUGGCUUCAGGGCGUCGGACCGUGCUGACUUCACGCUGGGCCACUCGCUCGGUGAGUUUGCGGCCCUGGUCGCUGGCGGCUACAUCGAGUUCGAGGACAGCCUGUACAUGGUGCAGAAGCGGGCCGAGUCCAUGGCAGCGGCCACGAGACGGGCUGCCGAGGACUACGGCGGCGAGUACGGCAUGGUGGCGAUUGUGACAGAGCCCGAGUACCUACAGCCGCUAAUCAACGCCAUCCACGACUUUGUCGGCCACAGCAGCGCGGGAUCCAAGUCAGAGAGCGCUGAAGACCGCUCGCCAAUUGAGCAGGUGCUCAUUGCUAACAUCAACAGCAAAAAUCAAAUUGUGCUGAGCGGCAACAUUGAGCGGAUAAAGACCCUCGUGGAGCACGUGCGACAGUUUCUCGGGCACGACCCCCGGGCGGUGCGGCUGAAGAGCGACAGCCCCUUCCACAGCCCCAUAAUGAAACCGGCCGUCGCUGUGAUGCAUAACAUACUCGCAAGGAAGAGCCGCGUCAAGGGGAGGGAGGAUGAAGACAUUGUUACUUUCCCGGGGACACUACCGUGCAUCAGUAAUGUCAGCGCGCGACCAUUUGAGAGCAAGGAGGAUCUGAAAGAUCUUUUGGCUCGGGGUUGCCUAGAAACAGUCCAAUGGUGGGACAGCAUCAAAUAUCUCGACCAAGAGGAAAAGGUGAGGAGAUGGAUAGGCAUAGGACCCGGAAAGGUGGGCCGCAACCUAGUCGGAAAGGAGGUCGGCAUGAGAGGCAAGGACACGGUCAAAGGCGGCGGUGUCUGGGCAAUUACCGAUCCAAGCGAGAUCGAGGAGGUUCUUAGAGGUCUAGAAGAGACUGAGUCUUUGGUCGAUGAAGAGUAAAAGAUAUCGAAGGGGGUCUGUUUAAGGGAGCUUAGCGACGUUCAGCGUUGCUUUAUCAGCUAUGUUGUAUAUGUCUUACAUAGUCGGGAGCUUUCAGUAUACAAUAGCUAGAAGUGUUGCGCUUGGCGCUGUGGUGCGAGUUGCAGAGGGAAGCAUGCACAUUUUUAAUUAACAAGUUUUUGUAAUCAACUACAAACAUAUAUUCCAUCA